AUUUCUUCAUCUUGGUUUGACUGUGCUGUACGCGUCGUUUGGUCACUAUGCGUCUUCUUUCUGCUGGGCUUUUGACUUGUGGUCUUCUGAGCCAGUCUGUCGUCGGACAACAAAUCUGGGAUGUGUGGCAGACUACGUGGGAUCGCACGAACCUCUUCACCAACGUUUCACCCUCAUCUGCCAUCAACUUCGUUACUCCCGGUACCACUGGUUCUGCCGAUAUCAUCGUUGAUGAUAGCACCGUCCACCAGACCGUCGAUGGCUUCGGCGCUACCUUGACGGACUCGUCUGCUGAGCUCUUGUAUAACCUCAAGGUCAACGCAGUAGACACGUAUUGGAGCAUUCUGGGCCAGCUAUUUGACCCGACCGACGGUGUAUUCGCAGCUGGGAUCACCACGCUUCGGGUUCCCAUAGGCGCCACCGAUUUCUCCGACGGACUCUGGAGCUACGAUCCCAGCAGUAGCACGGAUACCACCUUAGCUAGUUUCAGCGUCGCCAAUGCACCUUCAUAUUACUUCACCGUCCUGACCGAUAUCGCCAGCGUCAAUUCGUUAUUGAAGAUAAUGCUCUGCCCUUGGUCGCCUCCUGGCUGGAUGAAGGAGGGCACUAUGGACGGUGGAACGUUCAACACCGACUAUGCCUCCGUGUAUGCGAACUACCUCCUCAAGGUCCUGCAAGCAUUCAAGAGCAAAGGCUUCACUGUCUACUCCCUUUCUAUUCAGAACGAGCCACAGAACAAUAAUCCGACGUACCCUUCUGUGAGCAUGCCCGUCGCCACGAUGGCCGCGAUCGGGGAAGCUGUUCGUACGCUUAUGAACAGCAAUGGUUUUUCGAGUGUGAAACUCAUUGGCUACGAGCACAAUUGGGACAACGCAGCUACAUAUCCCGUCCAACUCAUGGAGGCCGCAGAAUCGAGCUUUGAUGGCGUCAGUUUCCAUUGCUAUGAAGGCACCUACGACCAGAUGGCCAGCUUCACCUCCGCCUAUCCCGACAAGGAGAUUUGGCAGACAGAGUGCACAGGGCAGAUCGGAACAGAUUGGUGGUCGAAUAUCAAGUGGUACAUGGAUGAGCUCUUCAUCGGCUCUCUGGAGUAUGGCGCCCGUUCAGCCAUGAUGUGGAACCUCGCUCUCGACUCCUCCGGCGGGCCCUUCUUAUCCGGUUCGAAUAGCUGUUCUUCAGCACCCUGUCAGGGCGUCGUGACGCUCAGCAGCACUGGAUAUACGCUUAACGAGGAGUUCUACUCCAUCGCACAAGCUACACGCGCUAUCAUCCCGAAAGAUGCAGGAGGACCAUGGGGUCAACGGAUAGGGGUAAGCGUCGCGAAUGGGUUGGAUUGGGCGUUGAGGGUUGGGGCGUACCAGACUGAGAGGUUAUCUUCGAGCGAUUGGAAUAAGUAUAGCUUGGUGGUGCUCAACUGGGACGAUUCGUCAUCGACUACGUUCAAUCCUGUCUCCGUCGCAGCGACGAUCGAGUUUCGUGGUAUGCAAGCCUCCUAUACCUUCCCCGUGGGCGUUACCACCCUCUGGUGGUAUGCAGCACCGACCACCACCUCCAAGCGAUCUUCGGCAGACGAAGACCUUCCCGAGAUUUUCGCAGAGAACAAUGGGACGAGGUUGAAUUCCGCUAAGUUCAGGCUCUGAACGAACGUGGGUUUCAGCACUUUGCCUUUUUUUAAAAUAAGUAUUCGGUAUUUACGUUGGGCUUUUGGUUUCACUCUUCCAUCUGGUUCUAUUUUCUGAGUCGUCGUAUUUUAUGAUAGAGUUGGCUGCCGGGUUGAAAUAUUUAUUUGUCUAUGUAUUGAGCCGGAGUUCUGGGAUGUCUUAUGUAGAAUGUAAAGU